AUGGCUUCCAGCAUCCCGACCAAAGCCUGUGAGCCCAUCAUCAGCAAGACCUUUCCGCGCGAUGGCUUGGCUGUGACAGCGUGCGAAAUGGGGAGCAAUUACUUCGUGGUCGCAAAGGAAGCUGCUCUCUAUGUACUCGACUUUGCUGAUAAGUCCCUAACUACGCUGCAAGAGAAGGGGAAUAUCACCUGGUGUCUCGCAUUAUGCGAGGAUAAGAGCCUCUUAGUGACGGGCGGGACGGAGGGUGCGGUCCUGAUAUGGAAUAUACGGACAAAGUCAGUCACUCGCUUAUUGAAGGGUCACACUAGCACUGUCCGCAGCCUCCAGAUCGUGAAUGAUACCACGCUUAUCUCCGGUAGUCGCGACUCGACCAUCUGCAUCUGGGACAUGGACUCUGAUGAAGUUGAUCCUAAGCUAGUUCUAAAGGGGCAUACGGAAACGGUACGGUGCCUCAAGGUUCAUGGCGGGGUGCUCGUUUCCGGCGGUAAUGAGGGGGAAGCGCGAGUUUGGGAUAUCCAUACCGGACAAUGUCUCCAUGUGCUCAAAGGACACACAGGGACUCUGUAUGAUAUAUCUUAUGACGGCUCUCGGAUUGUCACAGGCAGUCUGGACUCAACUAUCCGAGUUUGGGACCCUCACUCAGGAGCUUGUCUGGGAGUUCUUUCUGGCCACAGUGGGGCCGUCACUCGGUUAUGCUUACAAUGGGACACUCUUAUCUCUGCGGAUACUGUUGGGACGGUGAAAGUGUGGUCCUUAACUACAGCUUCGGGUCGGACUAUCGCUGAGGAAAGAGAAGGGAGUGUCAUUUCGUUGGCGGCAGAUGGUGAGAAUAUCCUCGUUGGCAACACGAAUGGUUCGGCAUAUCUAGUCCAUCGAGAUUCCGGCGCAAGUACGACACUUGUCGCUGGAGCAGAUGCUGUCUGGGAUGUGGGAUUCACACCGUUUAAUCGUCCAUUGGCGGUUUACUUCAAGGGGGGAGAUACUCAACUGGACAUUUUCUGA